AUGGCUCCCCCCAUCUCUGUCGAAAGCGUCCCCAGCCUGGACGCCUUCAAACCUGUCAAGGAUGACACUUACACACCGAGUUUUGCUCCCUUCAACCCCGCUAAGCAUUUGGCGUAUUCCCCUCCCUCCAAGGUCCUCACCAUGAAGGACCUUGCUCUAGAACCGACUGUCCUGUCCCCCAUCGCAACAACCGAGCCUUUCCCGCUUCUCUCUCAGGAGGCCAUUCUUCGUUAUCGCCAAGACUUAUUCAGCAAAGAUAUCCUGGACAAUUGCCUCCAUCACACUCGCCCUGGAUCUGUCCAGCUUCGAGGCAUGGCACCGCGUUACUCCACUUUCAUCCACGAUCUAUGGCAUUCCCCCGAAGUUCUCAAGAUUGUGAGCGACGUUGCUGGUGUCCAACUCGUUCCUGCCAUGGACUAUGAGAUCAGCCACACCAAUGUCCAGCUUGGACCAGGUGGUCUCGAUGCGGUUCGGAAGACACCCGUUGUACCUCCUGAAGCUACUGAAGAGGCUAUCAAGAACUUUGAGGCCGAAAAGGGCCAGGUCAGAGCUGUCACUGAUCAAUCAAAGCCUAUUAUUGAGUGGCACAAGGACUCGCAUCCUUGGGUCUGCGUUGUUAUGCUCUCGGAUGCUCGUCAUAUGACUGGUGGCGAGACUGAGUUGAUGAAGGGAGAUGGUACCACCGUAAAGGUGAAGGCGCCGCAAAUGGGCUGCGCCGUCCUUCUCCAGGGCCGUUACAUCUCCCAUACCGCCGCUCCCGUCGAAAACAUGCCCGAGCGCGUCACGGUCGUCACCUCAUUUCGCCCCAAGAACCCGCUCCUUGUCGACGAUACGACUAAUGCCAACGUUAAAAACAAGUCUCAUCUGACCGAGCUAUACUACCAGUGGACCACCUACCGAUUGGAGGUCAUGGCUCAUCGUGCUCGUAGUGCUUUGGCCGAGUUGCAGGAGAGGUAUGCGAAGAACGUUGCCGAGUCGGAUCCUGAGGGAAAGCCUGGUCUCUGCAGAGUUGAGACAGUGAGUUCGGAGGAGAUAAACAAGUGGUGUGUGGAGAUGAUCAAGUAUCUUCAGGAUACCACUAGUGAGAUGGGACUGUCUGGAAACAAGGCCUAG